AUGCGAGAAUUGUGGACAUUGAUACCCACGCUUCGGAGGUGGUGUGCAGAAACUCUAGUGCUGAUCAGCUGGGCGCAAGACAGGGAUGGCAUGCCGUUUGCCUCCCGGGCGUUCGCGACAUGUGCGAAAGCUGCCUUCAAGCCGAAGAAGGCAGGGCUGGUGAUGACCCUUAAGGUCUCCGACUGCGUCCUCUACUGGGAGGCGCGGAAAGGCCGGCUCUCCAACUCGGCCGGCGGGAACGCCCACGUUGUGGAUGGGCUCAAGGUCCUAAUCAAGGAGGUCGUGGAGAGGGCGAUCCGUAUCCGCAACCCCGAGUAUGACGCGGAGCGCGAGGCGUGGAUUUGGGGGCGCCAUGGCUUGCGCAUCUCUGCGUGCGGCCUGGAGCACAUGAAGCCCGCGGCCGCCACCCAGUCCGAAGGCAUCGUAGGGGAUGACGACCUUUCGGCGUCACUUGGUGCUGAGUAG